GACAACGCCGCCUUCUGUGGGGUUCCCGAGGGGGUCCCCACGGGGGUCCCCACCGAGGCCAAACCCCCUCCCCCACCCCUGCAAGCCCCCAAACGCCGCCCGUGGGGGGCCGGGGGGGGGUCGGUGGCCCGGAAGCGCCAACGCUACGUGGAGAAGGACGGGAAGUGCAACGUCCAGCACGGCAACGUGCGCGAGACCUACCGCUACCUGACCGACAUCUUCACCACCCUGGUGGACCUCAAGUGGCGCUUCAGCCUCCUCAUCUUCAUCCUGGCCUACGCCCUCACCUGGCUCUUCUUUGGCCUCAUCUGGUGGGUCAUCGCCUACAGCCGCGGCGACCUGGAGCACCUGGGCGACCACAGCUGGACGCCGUGCGUCAACAACCUCAACGGCUUCGUGUCCGCCUUCCUCUUCUCCAUCGAGACCGAGACCACCAUCGGCUACGGCCACCGCGUCAUCACGGACACGUGUCCCGAGGGCAUCGUGCUGCUGCUGCUGCAGGCCAUCCUGGGCUCCAUGGUCAACGCCUUCAUGGUGGGCUGCAUGUUCGUCAAGAUCUCGCAGCCCAACAAGCGCGCCGAGACCUUGGUGUUCUCCUCGCACGCCGUGGUCUCGCUGCGCGACGACCGCCUCUGCCUGAUGUUCCGCGUGGGCGACCUGCGCGACUCGCACAUCGUGGAGGCCUCCAUCCGCGCCAAGCUCAUCCAGUCCAAGCAGACGCAGGAGGGCGAGUUCAUCCCGCUGGACCAGACCGACCUGAGCGUGGGCUUCGAGACGGGUGACGAUCGGCUCUUCCUGGUGUCGCCGCUCAUCAUCAGCCAUGAGAUCGACGAGCGCAGCCCCUUCUGGGACGUGUCGCGGGGGCAGCUGGAGAGGGACGACUUUGAGAUCGUCGUCAUCCUCGAGGGCAUGGUGGAGGCCACAGGGAUGACGUGCCAGGCUCGCAGCUCGUACCUGGCGGACGAGGUGUUGUGGGGUCACCGCUUCACGCCGCUGCUCAGCCUCGAGGAGGGCUUCUACGAGGUGGACUACGGUGGCUUCCACCACACCGUGCCCGUGCCCACCCCGGCCUGCAGCGCCCGCCAGCUCGCCGCCGCCGCCGCCCGCCGCGAUGCCCACCUCUACUGGUCCAUCCCCAGCCGCCUGGACGAGGCGGCGGCGGCGGGGGAAGAGGGGGACCCCGAAAUGUCCCCCCGCGAAAGCAACGGGACCUUGGCCAGCCCCGAGUCGCGGUGAUGCCACCAAGAUCCGGGUGUGUGGAAUAGAAAUUCCGCUCCCCUCCCCGCCCGUGGUGGUGGUGGUGGGUUUGGGGGUGUCCCCUGGGUUUUUUGGGGUGUCCCUUGGGCUCGGGGGGAAAAGGGGACCUCAAAAUCUCUCAGAAGAGCAACGACCAUCCCCGAGUUGUGGUGAUGCCUCCAAAAUCUGGGUAUAUGUAAUAAAAAUCCCUCCCCGCCCCGUUCUAAUGGUGGUGGUGGGUUCGGGGUGUCCCUGGGUCUGUGGGGGCGAGGAGGACCCCAAAACCUCUCAGGAGAGCAACGGGACCUUGGCCAGCCCCGAGUGGGAGUGAUGGUUCCAAAACAUGAACCUAUGUAAUAAAUAUCCCCCCGCUUA